UUUGUGUAUAUUCAAGCUUUUCGCUUUUUUCAAUAAUCGCGUUUCUCUCUCUACACCGCGCUUUUUAACUCAAACAUCGAUUCCAGAAUAUUCCAACAAAACCAACACGUUCAAUCACUUUCCAGAUUCAGGUAUCUUCUCAUCUCUUCACUUCUUUCUAAUCACUGCAACACAAUGUCGUUAAUCUCAUAAUUAACAAUUAAGAUCAUAAUAAUCAUUUUUAGUAAUCUUGCUUUUUAAUCAAUCAAACCGUGUUAAUUGAUAAGCACGCAUUCAUUAUUGGAUAAUUGUGUGGAAAUUGAAUUGUUAUUUAGGGUUAAUUACUUAACCACUUAAUCACUUAAUUUAAUCGAUUUUUUUUUCUAUUUUUAGUUCAAUAAGUUUGUUUUUGUGUAUUUAUGGCUUUUGGAUAUUAGAUAUGGGUUACGUGUGUUGAUUGUGUUUGAAUUUUUUUGGCGGCGGUUAUUUUUGUUUGCAUUGAAACGUUACUUAAUUAAAGGUUGCUUAUUUUGAGUUUGCUUCUUUGAGUCGGUGAAAUUUGUAUGAAUUAGUCUUUGUUUCAUAAAUUGAGAAUUUGCUUGGAAAUUGAGAAAAACUUCAACCUUGAAGAAGAUAUUCAUUUUAUCCAUAUAUAGUGUGUGGAAUUGACUUUUGAGUUCAAUUUGCUUUUUGGGAUUUUGAUUUUGGAUUAGUUUUCUGCUGAUUUUUGGUAAGGAGAUAAGUGGGUUGUUUGGAAAAUUGGGAUUUUGGGUUUGUUUAAAGUCCAUUUAUCCAUUUAUAGAAUCUGGAAUUGACUUUUAAGUUCAAUUUGCUUUUUGGGAUUUUGAUAUUGGAAUUGGAAUAAUUUUCUGCUGAAUUUUGUUAAGGAGAUAAGUGGGGUCUUAGGAAUUGGGAUUUUGGAUUUGAUUUUAAGUUCAUUUAUCCAUUUAUAGAGUCUGAAUUGACUUUUGAGGUCAAUUUGCUUGUUGGGUUUUUGUUAAGGAGAAAAGUGGGGUGAUUGGAAUUGGAAUUUUUGUUGUUGUUUUUGGUUUUUCAGAGAAUUGAGGUGAUUGAUGGGGGGUCAAAGUUCGAAAGAGGAAAAUUUGAGGCAGGAUUCGUUGCGUUCGAGUUCAUCUGCUUCGGCUUCUUCUUGGAAUUCAUAUCCUGACCCGCAUUCGGGUUACGGUCAGGGUGGCUAUCCUUAUACCUAUGGGUCACAAGAGCCUUCUUCUUAUCAACCGUAUUAUGAUGCCCGGCCGCCUCCUCCUCCACAAAACUAUGGCUAUGAGCCUCAAACUAGUGGUAGGGUGCCCCGCCAUGAUGAUAAGAGGAAAUUAGAUAGGAAAUACUCGAGGAUCGCUGAUAAUUACAACUCCAUAGAUGAGGUGACUGAGGCUCUUGCACGUGCAGGCCUUGAGUCUUCCAAUCUUAUUCUUGGAAUUGAUUUCACCAAGAGCAAUGAGUGGACAGGAAAACAUUCAUUUAACAGAAAAAGCUUGCAUCACAUUGGGAAUGGUCCGAAUCCCUAUGAACAGGCAAUAUCCAUUAUUGGGAAAACAUUAGCUGCAUUUGAUGAGGAUAACUUGAUUCCUUGUUUUGGAUUUGGCGAUGCAUCAACGCACGAUCAAGAUGUCUUCAGUUUCUAUCCAGACGAAAGAAUUUGCAAUGGAUUUGAAGAAGUUUUGAGCCGGUAUAGGGAAAUUGUUCCUAAUAUUCGACUUGCAGGCCCUACAUCGUUUGCACCUAUUGUUGAAAUGGCAAUGACAAUCGUUGAGCAAAGUGGAGGCCAAUACCAUGUUUUGGUGAUAAUUGCAGAUGGCCAGGUUACAAGAAGUAUUGACACUGAAAAUGGGAGGCUUAGUCCACAGGAGCAGAAGACUGUGGAUGCCAUUGUUGAGGCCAGUAAAUUUCCUCUUUCAAUUAUAUUGGUUGGUGUUGGAGAUGGACCUUGGGACAUGAUGAAGGAAUUUGAUGACAAUAUGCCAGCUAGGGCCUUUGAUAAUUUUCAGUUUGUGAAUUUUACAGAAAUUAUGUCAAAGAACAUUCCUCCUUCACGAAAAGAGGCAGCAUUUGCUCUCGCAGCAUUGAUGGAAAUUCCUUCUCAAUAUAAGGCCGCAAUAGAGCUUGAUCUACUAGGAAAUCGAAAGGCCAAUGCUCCUCAAAGAGUUGCUCUCCCAACACCCUCUUAUGGUUCAGCAUUUUCAGGCACUUCAAAUCCUUAUGGUUCAGCAUCGUUUGGCACUUCAAGUUCAAAACCUUAUGCUACUAGUUUUGAGCGGAGUGCACCUUCUUACCCUGACGACAGCAAACAAGCUGGCACAGCUCCGUCUGCCCCAAGUUCUACUUAUGAAAAUCAGCUUUGUCCUAUAUGUUUAAGCAAUACAAAAGACAUGGCCUUCGGAUGUGGGCAUCAGACAUGUUGUGAAUGUGGACAAGAUCUUCAGACGUGUCCCAUCUGUAGGAGCCCUAUUAAUACCAGAAUAAAGCUUUAUUGAGCAGCAUCUUUUAUUGGGAGUAUUUAUUUGUAUUCUUUGAAAAAAAUUUAUGUGGUUGUAUAAAACAUUAGAUCAAAUCUUUGUUUCUACAGUGAGUGAAACGUGGUAUUUCUGUAUGUAUGAGUUGUAACCAUUCCUUGAUUUUUUUUUUCCCAUUCAUUUUGGUUUCUGACAAUAUUGGUUUGAGAGCUUGUACAGUUUUAAUUCAAUGAUUUUGGCUUGAUUUGUAGAGCAAGUUUUGCAUGGUCA